AUGCCUUCCACAUUCAACAUCACCAUUUUAGGUGGUGGUAUAUCAGGUCUCUCUACGGCUUGGUAUCUCUCACGAAGUUUGCCAAAGUCAUGUAAAAUAACAAUAAUAGAAGCAUCAAACAGACUUGGUGGGUGGAUACAGUCAAGACGACAUGGAGAGCAGGGAAUACUCUUUGAGUACGGUCCACGAACAUUAAGGCCCGGUGGGCUGGGCGGGCUAGCCGUAUUGGAGUUGAUAAAAUCUCUUAAUCUCAUACCUUCUCUCAUAACAAUACCAAAAACUCAUCCUGCUGCGCUUAAUCGUUACAUUUACUAUCCCGAUCGUCUCAAUAAGUUACCUCAUUCUCUUCUUUCUCUCGCUCCGUCUUUAUCCCGUGCUUUCAUCCGCAAGGCAAUUCCGGGCAUCCUUCGUGAACCCUUUGUCAAACCUGCCAACACUGAUGACGAAUCUAUCACCGCGUUUAUAGCCCGUCGGUUUAAUUCUCACAUUGCUGACAAUAUAAUGAGUGCUGUGAUACAUGGGAUAUAUGCUGGUGAUGCCAACCAGUUAUCUGUUCGCUCUGUUUUUCCUUCUUUGUAUUAUUAUGAACAUUACUAUGGAUCUGUGUUAAAAGGACUAAUGAGAGGAUUGAAGGAAGUGGAAGAUAAGAAGGAAUUAGAGAGGGAACUUGGAGAAUGUGUAGGAGAUUUGAUUAAUGAUAUGAGUAAAAUCAGCAUAUUUUCAUUUAAGGAUGGAAUUCAGAUGAUAGUUGAUGCGCUGGAAAGGGAAUUGAGAAAGAAAGAGAAUGUAGCCAUUAAAAUGGGUGAGAAAGUUGUUAAGCUUGAAAUCGAGAAUGAGAAAGCCAAGGUCUAUACAGAGUCAUCCGUCUUCCCAUCUUCGCACAUCAUAAGCACACUAUCAUCUCAUAUUCUUUCACGUAUUCUCACUCCCACCCUUCCUUAUCUAUCUCAAACACCCUCAGUCACUGUGGCAGUUGUAAAUCUAGCGUAUUCGAAUCCAUCUCUUCUCCCUGUUACUGGAUUUGGUUAUUUAAUUCCAGCAUCAAUACCAAAUAAUAUAUAUAGUGCUCUUGGAGUCGUGUUCGAUUCUGAUGCAGUUCCAUCUCAGGAUAAAGUAAAUAUAACCAAGCUGACGGUGAUGCUGGGGGGACAUUAUUAUUACGGAAUGAAUUCGAUUCCAAAUGAAGAUGAAUUGUUGUCUCAUGCGCGAUGGGUUGUAUCGAACCAUUUGGGAAUAAGAGAGGAACCGAUGCUGUGGAAUGUUACUAUUCAGAGGGAAUGUAUUUCACAGUAUCAAGUGGGGCAUCUUGACAGAAUGCGGGAAUUACACCAUUCUAUUAGGAAUAUGUGUGGGGGAAGGCUGAGUGUAGCGGGAGCUAGUUAUCUGGGCGUUAGUGUUAAUGACAUUGUAUUGAAUUCGCGAAUGUUAGCCGGAAGAGUCGUGGAGUGGAUAGAGAGAAGGAGGAAAUUAAAUGUUACUGGAUUAGAAAGUGUGGAAGAAAUCCCGACACCAAUAAUUUAA